AUGCGCGUCGCCAUGUCCACGUGCACACCUCUCCAUGCACUCGCUGCAGCUGCUCGUCUGUGGCUGCAGGAAGCGGCCGCCCAGACGCCGCAGUACGGCUCAAGCAUGGGGCCGUACAUCCGCGUGAAGCGACGGAACCAGACGGUGUUCCUGGACGUGCAGACGGCGGACUCGUUCCUGAGCGUGAAGGAGAAGCUCGGCGCGCUGUUCCACCUGCCGCCCACGAGCAUCCAGCUCUGGCAGGGGCUCAACCAGAAGGAGAGCAAGGAGUUCGCGGACGCGGCGACGCUCGCGGACCACGAGCUGCAGAACGACGCGGUCAUCUACAUGUGCUGGAAGAAAGAGAACUCGGACCAGUGGGAGGAGCUGAGCGUGACCAAGGUGGAGGCUCUGGACUCGGGAGACGCCUCUGGCUCAUCGAGCAGCGGGGUUGCAGGAAACAGUGCCAAGACUGAUGCAUAGCUGGGAUGGUCGGGUCAAAAGGUGCCUCUCCGCUUCAUCGGGACGCAGAUUUACAGGGGGAUACGAGCGCAAAACCCCACGAGUUGCAAAUAUAAGAAGACAAGAAGGAAGGCUCAGAGAGGGAAGGAAGGAAGGAAGGAAUUAAAGUUUUUUUCUUCUUCUUUUGCAUUG